AUGAAAUCGACGUUUAUUUCUACUCCAUACUUUUGUUUCAUUUCAGCACCACUACGUGCCAGUGCGAUUGAUAUUCAAUCAAAUGCAAAAUGGAGACAGAAUGGUCUCAUUGUUGCUGGAGGAAAUGGACAAAGCAGUGGAAUCGAUCAACUCAAUCUCCCAUGUGGUUUGUUUGUCGAUGAUGAUCAAACGAUUUAUGUCGCUGAUCAGUGCAAUCAUCGUAUUGUGGAAUGGAAAUGUGAUGCAACGAAUGGUCAAGUGGUUGCCGGUGGAAAUGGAAGUGGAAAUGAAGCUCAUCAGUUAAACUACCCAUACGAUGUGAUUAUCGACAAAGAGAGAGAUAGUCUCAUUAUAUCCGAUUAUUCGAAUAGAAGAGUAGUUCGUUGGCCUCGUAAAAAUGGUACUAGUGGAGAAACUAUCAUUUCGAACAUUUCUUGCAUUGGUUUGACUAUGGAUGAGAAUGGAUCUCUCUAUGUAGCUGACUAUGGAAAAUGUGAGGUGAGACGAUAUAAAAUUGGUGACACUGAAGGAACGGUGGUUGCAGGUGGUAAUGGAAAAGGAAAUCGUCUCGAUCAACUCUCUAGUCCCUACUAUGUAUUUGUUGAUCGAGACCAUUCAGUGUACGUAUCUGAGAAUGGAAAUCAUCGUGUGAUGAAAUGGGAAGAAGGUGCAAAACAAGGCAUUGUCGUAGCCGGUAGUCAAGGACAAGGAAAUAGUCUUACACAAUUGUCAUGUCCUCGAGGAGUCGUUGUCGAUCAAUUGAGUACUGUCUAUGUGGUUGAUAGAGACAAUCAUCGAAUCAUGCGUUGGCCAAAAGGAGCCAUACAGGGAAGUGUCAUUGCUGGUGGAAACGGUUCUGGAGCACAAUCGAAUCAACUCAGCUAUCCCUAUGGUUUAUCAUUCGAUCGGCAUGGCAAUCUCGAUGUCGUCGAUCAGGGCAAUCAUCGAGUACAAAAAUUGAAUAUCAAAUAA